AUGGAGAUGUUCACCGGUGAUGAGCUGAUAUUGCCAAUGUCGUUGAGUAAAAAAAUGCACUGUCUGAGUUUCAAUAAGAACAAACAAAAGUUGGAGGAUCGAGAAAGAAAUUUAGCAGUGGUACAGUGGGCACAAUUUAUUGAGCAUGAUCUCAGUAAACCUGUAGUUACUUCGAUGGGGGAUGGAAGCCAUAUUGAAUGCUGUAAUAAAAAUAACUUUGAACUGGGUCCACGACAUCGUCAUCCUUUUUGUGCGCCUCUGAUAAUAAACAGUGGAGAAUCUUUGUACGGCAAAGCCGAUUGCUUGAAUUAUGUGCGGAGCGCUGUAGCUGUCAGUACAAAAUGUACAUUCGGUGCAAUAGAACAAUUAAAUCUAGCGACAUCCGGUUUAGACCUUUCACAACUUUAUGGUUUUACACAUGAAGCACAAAAGCAAAUGCGUUUAUUGCAAAAGGGUCAAAUAAAAAGCAGUGCAAAUGGUAGCCUAUCAGAGAUUUACACUGAUAAACUGCCUAAGAUAAAUGACAACGCGAUCCACUACUGUGCUUUUGAAAAUUAUUCCAAUCAAACCGGACACUGUUUCAUGGCGGGAGAUUCCCGCGUUAACAAUAAUCCGCUUACCAUCGUAAUUUAUACAAUGUUUAUGAGAAACCAUAACCAAGUAGCCAAAAAUCUGGCUUCAAGCUAUCCACUAUGGAACGAUGAGGACCUUUUCCAAACUGCAAAAGCAAUCAACAUACACAUCUAUAGGAAUAUUGUAUUUGACGAGUGGUUGCCUAUUAUAUUGGGUGAAGAUACUGUGGUGAAAAUAAAGCAGGGAUCCCUUAGUAAGGCCCAUGAAGAGGAUGACAGAGUUUCAAAUGAAUUCGCUGUCGCCGCCAUACGAUUUUAUAUUUCGAUGCUGCCGAAUGUCUUAAAUAAUUCAACUGGAGCUAAGCGCCUGGAAUACAAUACAACCAACUCUUCAUUUGGUCUAACUAGAAAUAUCCUUCCCAGCGAAAAUGUAAUAUCAUUGAUUGAUCAAACAUACAAACCUAAAUUGGAAUAUACGUCCAAGAAAAUCGAUGCAUUAAUCGAAUCCAUUUUAAAUCAACCUGCUAUGAAACUGGAUACUAUAUAUGAUGACAGUCUAAUAUCAGAAAAUUUAAGCACAAAUAGACCUAACCACAAUGAUUUUCUGGCUUAUGAUAUCCAACGUGGUCGAGAUCAUGGUUUAAGGAGCUAUAUAAAUUACCUUGAAUUUCACACUGGCAAAAAAAUCAGUACCUGGACGCAUCUUGAACCCUUUAUCGCCAUGGAAGAUUUGAACAAAUUAAAAUCCAUUUACAACGACCUGAGCAAGAUCGAUCUUCUUGUUGGAGGUAUGGCUGAAACUAAUUCUUUCGGAGGUAUAGUCGGACCAACGUUUAAGUAUAUUUUGGCCGAGCAGUUCUCCCGAAUAUAUCAAAAGCAGGAGAGUUUGAAGGACCAGUUACUACCAGAUCUUACGAAAGUUUCUGCUGUUGAUUUCGUCUGCGCUAAUUCUGGCUUGCAACGAGUUCCAAGGAAUAUAUUCCUAUUCGUUUCCGACAAAAAUACUCAAAAAUCGUGCAUUGAUCAAUUGAAUCCGAUACGGGCCUGAAGAAUAUAUACAUAUAAAUACACAUAUCAUAUACUGUACGUAUACGUAUGCAAAUUUAGAUACAUACAUAUAUUAUA